AUGACCGCCAACUCACGUUGCUUGGAGCACAACCCGGACCAUCAGGCUGUCGACGUGUACUACCAGGAUCACAGAGCUGCAAGUUACCAUGCGGUCGUUCAUGCAUUGGCCGCUUCUGACGCUGCGGCAUUGGCUGCUCCGGCCGAUGAUGCGCGAGCAUACUAUGAAGACAUUUCCAGUGCUAGCGCCAUCAGACAAGGCGAUCACUGGUUCAUGGGUGAGGCGUACAUUCACGGUCUCAUGCGCGGAGAAGUCUUCGAUGAAGGGAGUGGUGCGAGUUUGAAGACGUACAUGCUGGUGUGA